GAUACUAAACACAAAUCGCCUCUCGGUGUUCACACAACCAGUCACAAAGCAACAGUAAAUAGAACCAAGACAAAAAUGUCUCAAGUGACAAUUUGUUUGAAUGUUGCGCUCUUGCUCAUUCUUAUUAUAAAUAUCGAAUGUGCAGUGAUUAAAAUGCAAGAAAUACCUUUGAGUAAAGACGUUAUUAUGAAGAUAGUCUUGAAAGAAGACAGUGAUGGCGACUCAGCGGCAACGAUAAAAAUCUUAAUGGCCCAUAAGAAAAAAGUCGAUAAAAUAUCACAACCCAGUCUCGCCGAGAAAUUUGUGGCGCCAGCUAGUGAUUUUGUACCUGACUUCAAGGACAGACUUGGUAUUGCUAAUUCGAAAUGCCCUAAAGGUAACGAUGUUAAAAAAAACUUGUAGAUGAUGACCAAAAUGAAAACCCAGGGCCUCGUGUCCGAUUUGAUGCCGAACAUCAAAUUAAUGCAGAUGACAGGGCAUUUUUUAUUCAAUUAUCAUUCAGACAAUUCUGGUAUGUCCACUCUUCUUCGCAAGAUCUACGCCAGUGUCCACGCGAUCUUAAUAGUUGGCCACUACAUCUGUAUGGGAAUUAAUAUGGCCAAGUAUUCAGAGGAAGUUAACGAGCUAACCGCUAAUACAAUAACAGUACUCUUCUUUGCCCACUCAAUCAUCAAGCUGGCUUUCUUUGCUAUCACGUCUAAGAAUUUUUAUAGGACUUUAGCGGUGUGGAAUCAGUCAAACAGUCAUCCGUUGUUCACCGAAUCUGACGCCAGAUACCACCAACUUGCUCUCACCAAGAUAAGAAGACUUCUGUAUUUUAUCUGUGGAAUGACAAUCUUUUCUGUUAUUUGUUGGGUCACUUUAACCUUUUUCGGUGAUUCUGUCCGUUUCCUUGUGGAUAAAGAGACAAAUGAAACGCUAACUGAACCAGUGCCGAGAUUACCUCUCAAAGCCUGGUAUCCAUUUGACGCCAUGAGUGGUACUAUGUACAUCGUUGCGUUCGUGUUUCAAAUAUACUGGCUUCUUUUCUCAAUGGCAAUUGCAAAUCUCAUGGACGUAAUGUUCUGCUCGUGGUUGAUCUUCGCAUGUGAACAACUUCAACAUUUGAAGGCGAUAAUGAAGCCUUUAAUGGAACUUAGCGCUUCAUUGGAUACCUACAGACCCAAUACAGCGGAACUGUUCAAAGUAUCUUCUUCAGAAAAGUCGGAAAAGGUCCCAGAUCCAAUUGAUAUGGAUAUUCGCGGUAUUUAUUCCACUCAGCAAGAUUUCGGUAUGACAUUACGUGGGGCUGGAGGUAGACUACAAACUUUUGGACAGCAAAUUAAUAAUAAUCCUAACGGUUUGACUCAGAAGCAAGAAAUGUUAGCGCGUUCAGCGAUUAAGUAUUGGGUCGAAAGACACAAGCACAUUGUAAGGCUUGUGUCUUCUAUUGGAGAUACAUACGGUACUGCUCUUCUUUUCCACAUGUUGGUAUCGACAAUCACACUGACGUUAUUGGCUUAUCAAGCUACUAAGAUCAAUGGUUUGAAUGUGUACGCCUUUAGCACUGUCGGCUAUUUGAGUUACACCUUGGGUCAAGUAUUCCAUUUUUGCAUCUUCGGAAACAGGCUUAUUGAAGAGAGCUCAUCUGUAAUGGAAGCUGCUUAUUCAUGCCAAUGGUAUGAUGGAUCGGAAGAAGCCAAGACCUUCGUACAGAUAGUAUGUCAGCAAUGUCAAAAGGCCAUGAGUAUUUCCGGCGCUAAGUUUUUUACUGUAUCUCUGGAUUUGUUUGCAUCUGUGCUGGGUGCAGUGGUGACGUACUUUAUGGUAUUGGUGCAACUGAAAUAA